AUGCCCCCAGAUGGCUCAUCCUUCACUACGUUAAACCUCCCGCCCACAUUCACCCUCCCCCAAUGCAUGGAAUACUUCGAGCUCAAAGCGGGCCCAAACACCGAUCUAUGGCGCAAGCCACCUAACGGCGACACCUCCACCGCCCCCAUCGUCUUCACAUCCCUCCGCCACCCCUUCGUCGUCGCCGAAGUCACCGUCAGCGCCGACUGGGAAAUGGAAUGGGACCAGGGCGGGCUGGUCAUUUUCGCCGGCGCAGCACCCCAAUCUUUCUCCUCGGAUGCGAACACGACGCCAACUGGGAACGGACUACCCUCGACACGCCGCUCGUCCGCGCAACCGUGUAAAUGGGUGAAAGCGGGAAUGGAGUUUUCAUCAGGGACGGUCAACGCGUCCUCCGUGAGUGCCACGGCCGAUGGCGCGGACUGGUGUUUGUCGCCGUUGGCGCAGGGCGUGGCUGGGCCGGCGAUUCAGUCGUUGCGGAUUAAGCUGGAGCGGGUUGGCCAUGCGCUGUGGAUUUGGUAUCAGAUUCCGUUGGCGGUGCCGUAUGCGCUGUCCCCCGGUGCGGUGGGGGGUACGUGGAAGAAGUUGCGGGAGGUGACGUGGUUCUUUUAUGGGGUUGAGGAUAAGUUUGUUCAUGUGGGUGUUUAUGCUAGUCGGCCGACGAAUAUUGCCCGGGGGCAGACUAUGUGGGAUGCUAUGCAUGGGUUGACGUUGGAGAGUACCUCGGCGGCUGGGUCGUCGGAUGGGUUGGUUGUUGAGUUUGAAGAUCUGGAAAUCUUCUAA